AUGGGGAAGCGAAAACACAGUACCGAUAGCGGAGAUGAAAGCGACGAUUCUUGUAAGCGGCUGAAAAAACAGGUACGAUUUGGUGAAGUUACAAUCUACCAUUUCCCAAGAAAGCAAGGUUUUGUUUCCGUGCCUUCAUCGGGAGGUACUACUUUGGGAAUGGCGAGAAAACAUGUAUUGAUUGAGAAAAUCCAAGUCAAUUUUGAAGUGGACGGUGUUACAAUUGGCGAUCGCAAACCCUUCGCACCGGUGGCGCAAAAAGCGAGGAAAACUAUUCUUAAAACUGCCGGCGUUCGCCGGAUUCUCAAGAAAGAAGAGCAAGAUUGCGCUCAGCUGAGAUUAUCACGGAUCAUUUGUGGUUGUAGCUGUGGGGAUAUUUGUUACCCACAAACAUGCGAGUGUAUUUUAAGUGGAAUAGCCUGCCAAGUUGAUUACGGACGCUUUCCCUGCUCUUGUCAAGCAAAUGGCUGCCAAAACAAUCACGGACGAAAACAGUACAACCCCAGCGUUGUUGAAAAACAUUAUUUUGAAACAUUCUCGCGACUAAGAGGGCAAACUACAAGCAAAACUGUUCUCCAUUACGUGGGAGUAGCGUAAAAAUCGGAAAACUGAAAAAAUUAUUAUUUUGAAUUGUAUAUUUCUCGAUGCAUAUCGGAUUCAUUGAUAUGCUAACAAAAGAGCGACAUUCUAAAGAACUUAAGUGGUUUGAUAAUACAACUUUGUUGAUUAGGUUUAGACCUAUUCCUUUGUUUCCGUCGUCUCGGUUCUAUGGCGUGUUGUGAAGAUAUUUAUGAAAUUUUUGAUGCGAAUUAGAAUUAUUGUCUGAAUAAAACAAUCUAUACUCGGUCAAAUAAAGCCAUUUCUGAGUCAAAUGAAGUUAUUUUUAGCCAGACCUUACCAUACAGAGAUUUCACCGGGAAUUUCCGUUUCCUGUGGCGACGAACGUGAGCGUUAUUUUUACACCGGAAGUGAGCGAACUGACCAGAAAUGUCACGAAAAGUCACGCGUUACAGAUCUUGUUUAAGUUUGUUUCACUGGAGAGGUAACAGGGUAACGAGCUCGUUUUAUAUUCAUCAAUAGAUAGACCAAUUGUGCGAUUUCUGAAGGUCAGUUACGAAGAGAUUUCGAUUUUAUUGGUUUCCAAGAUUGGGAAUAUUUUGGAAUUUUCCAAGAAGGCGGACAUAAUACCACCACGGUAAAACAUUCCAAUACGUGCUCGGACUCGCUUGAGUGUUUUCCUAAAAAUGGAAUUGUUAUCGUAGCUCACGCGUAGCCGUACCCUCCCCGCAAGGAGUGACCGUUUCUAAUUGGGGGGGAGGGGAAGGAAAGGCUUCACGUAGGCUACUGUCGCCGAUGGUGAUGAAUUUAGUCGAUUUCAAGGAAAGAAGUCUCGUUGCAAAUCAAUAUUCAACAGAAAAUAUAAGAACCUUAAAAUGGCUCGUUAUUGGAGGAGAGUCGAAAAGAGAGUGGAGAAAACCGAAAAAUAGCUCGUUCCUCUUUAUAUAAAUUUGGUGCUCUAAAAAUUGCAACACAACGAAACUAGAAAACGGGGCUGUUUGGCAAGCGUUCGUGAGCGGACCUUCAAGUUUCAUUUCUACUGUUUCCUCGUGUCUGGUCCUCGAUCCCCCGUGGGAGGAACAUUUCGUAAGGUGGGGGGUAGGGUAGUGGAGUGGAAAGCGAGCUCAUUCCCUGAAUAGCGGCUGGAAAUCGAGCCUUGAAUAGGGGAUUAUCGGAUUAUGGAGGAAAUGGGAGAAACUGGGGAAUCCUAUCAAGGAUCGCGUUACUUCUAAAUAAGGAAAACCCCCUAAAUUUACUGUAAUAUCCCUCUCCACGCAAAGUUACAAUUUUACUUUGGCAUAAGCAAACAUUAAUUUGUAAGUCGCAGUAGCCACAAGUACCUUUCAUGAUUUAGUCCACAAAAGUGGCUAUUGGACACACGUGAGACUAGCGUUGAUGAAAGACGAGUGAGUGCGCACCGCACAGGCUUCUGGGGGCUUUUCUUGGUCAUGCAAUUUUAAAUGCCAAGGAUAUGUUUACAUUGACACUAAGUGCUUGAGCUUGACGAUAAUCUUUGACAGGUUGGCUUUCACAGAUUUAGACCUAUCACCGGAUUGUUUAACAAGAUUAAGGAUUAAACAUUAUCCGUUCCUUUAGCCGAUCAAAACUACUGUCUGUGAAAAAUUGGCUUUCGAUUGUAGUUCCGGUGCGCGCAUAUCUUUUAAUGGCAACCGGUAUAUGCUAACAGAGAUGAUAGUUGUUCAAACUUUAAGGCUUUCAGAUGCGCCUGUGCUAAUAACGUCAUCGUAUUCUCAUAAAUAAAUAUGGAGUGGACGCCUAAGCGUAGGAUUUCUUCUGUUAGGACAUGUUGCAUCGAAAAAAACCAAGACUUAAUGAUGGAAAAAUGCGGAACUUUUAGGAAACGUCAGCGAAGUCAAGUCUUGCCACUAACGCUCUGACGAAAGUAAGAAUGACGAGAAAAUUCGAGAAAAAAAAUUUCAGACCGUAACUGGUAGUAAAAUUCCAGUCAGGGAAACAAAGAACUUGCUAAAUUUUGCCUCUUUAUUGAGUUUAGCUCAAAUUUAUUUCACAAUUUGUUUGUUCAUGACAAGGAAGUGAAGCUGUCUGCGGUCAUUUUAGUAUCCAGUGUAAAUAAAAGGCUUGAGGAAAGCAAUUAAGCUAUGAUAAUAAUGUGAGUUUAAGCUAACAGAGUUACGUCAGAGAAAUUUUAAAUCACUAAGAAACCCAGAAGAACUAGGUUGAUCUGUAAGAAAAAAUAUAAACUUUUUUUUAACUUCCUCGCCGUUUUAUGAAUCAAUUAAUCUAGCGAUUGUAUCAUAAUCGACUUUGCAAUUCUUAUCAACCGCGAAUUUCAGUCAGAAGGUGAAAAGUAUAUCAAAAUUAUGCCCAAAAAAAAAAAAAAAAAUAAUAUAUAUAUAUGAGGAAUUGUAGGUUCGAAAGAACACCAAAGAGGUCAGAAAUAGAAUCCAGAAGGAAACAGAAUUGUUGACCCAGUUACUUCUGGAAAUGUAAAGUGACGCGAAAGAAAUUUUUCCUUUCCAUAAUAAUACAUUUUCAAGCAAAGAGGAAAUGAGAAGUGAGAAAAACAUCUUUUGUCUUUGUUUGAUCUAAAGCUAAAUUCUCAGAGCCGAAUUUUUGAAGACUGUAUUAAAGAGGUUUGGAAAGUUCAUGUCUUGAUCUGAAAGGGAUAAUAGUAAAGGUGUCCACCGAUUACUCUGAUUGAUAAACUUGUAGGAUAAUAUUUUUAAGUUGCCCAAAACCGUGAUGUAUCUCCUUUCAUAACUCUCACGAUCAAACCGAAGAUUAUCACAAAAAUAAAAUGAAAUGAAUAUGUAUGUAAAUAAAUAAAUAAAUAGCAUGUGAUUAAGCGAAUGGCCAAGUUCAACUAUGAAAUGAAAUUCAGCAUUCUCUCAAGCUUUACACUUUUCCAGUUUUCGUCUUUGUCGCCUCUAUGUUUAUUUCGAUAUGGGUUUUGUUUAUUACAAUUUUUUUCGUAAAUAGUCUAAGCAAUAUCGAGUCUUUUCCAUAACUUUUCUAAAAAAUUCUAGGCCAUUGUGAAUUAAAUCGCUACGUAUAUUGCACGGGAUCAUCAAACAUCAAAAUACUCAUAUCCUAUCAGAUUUUCCAUCCAAGCUGAUUAAAUAAUUAUAAUGUUCCAGUGGUUAAAUUUCUAUUUCAUGUUGUGUCUUGCAGCUGUUCUGAUUAAUUUUUCGUGAAAGUUCCAUGAAAGUGGUGAAUCCAUUCUAAAUGCAAAUCAUAUUUGUCGAACCUUCCAUCGAAACGUACUGUUUACAAACACAGAAAACUCGUUUGAAAACUUCAUUGUUUCGCCUUAAUUUCCUGGGCUUACAGCGGCUACAAGGGGUAGAUAGAACAAUUUGAGUGAACUUAAGAACGAUUAUGAUUGUACGCUAUAUUUUGCCUUUGUCAAUUAACCAUUUGUGAGGAAAAAUGGUUAGCGUUCGCAUGCUAAUGCAACACGGCGCAUAAUGUUGAUCACUCGCCUUACAAACCUCCUCCUUAAAAAUAUGGCCUGUUUAUUUGGGAAUCGUCGAUUGUAUCUGACGAGUUUAGGAAAGGAAGACAGUCUUUCCUGAAGGAAUUUUAAAUUGAAGUUAAUUUGCAUCGCUAAACAAGCCCGCUUGAAAUCCACUUCCUUCUAUAUUUACUGUUGUCACGUGAUGCAUUUGUCACGGGCUAAUACUUUUGUCGUUUUCCACAAAAAUACUUCGCUUCCUGCGAAAUUUGGCUUCUACGUGGCGACGUGUGAAAAGCGGUUUUAGUUAAAUCUUACUCCGUGGGGUUAUCCCAGCCGUCUGACAAACGGAACUUCGAUAUUUUGUCAGUUUGGAAAGUCGGCGAUUGGUACAGGAUUACUCGGUGAGUCCAUUUUGGAGCCAACCGCGUCGGCCAUUUUCCUUGUGGUAUGGAACUUGCUGGGACAAAUAUUGUACACGUUGCAUUGUGCAUUGGCACCAUUUGGGAAACCUAAUAAGCUAGCGAAUACUAAGUUUAAGAGCCUGAUUUUCUGUGUUUCUUUAUAAACUUAUCACGUUCCCAAAUUGUUUUGGAUAAGAUGUUUUAAUACUUGUACAAGCUCCAUACAAAACAAAUUCGACGCACAGAGUUUCUGAAGGAACAACAUAGCCACCGGAAACGACGUUAUUUCUUUCGAUGGCUACUACAAGAACUGAAUACGGCAAAGAGAACAGAUUCCGUGCUCGUCGUGAAGUGGCAAGUCGUCCAAAAGCGGAGAAUGAAAGUUCUCGGAGUCAAAGCUCAACCGUACCUCCCCGCAAAAAUCUUGUUGACACUAAAACAAAGCGAACAACGGGCAGUCCUAACACAGGGGAUGUUAAAGAGGAGAGACACAGAGCGUACAACAAAUUUGGAGCACCUCCGAAAAAAAUUAUCUCUACUGAUAAAACGUAUAUUUCCCCUCUUAAAAGUGACAAUGUGGUACGAACGACGAAAGCCCGCGACGUGAAACAGGGCAUAACGCGAAAACCGGCAAGAGAGACUGAACAGGAAAGUGACAACGAUAAAAGCAGCGCUGAAGAGAUCGUUAAACCUAAUGUAAGCAAACUGAAACACAUUUUUGAUGAGACUAUUGCGAAUGAGGCUAUAAAAGCACAGCAAACGUACAAGAAACCCAGGCCUGUCUCUGAAGCUUUUGACAGAGUGAAGGCAAAUCAUGCUAAAGAGACAUCACAAGGUGAAACCACAGAACGAUGGUCCUUACCCAACUAUUACAAAAAAACCUUACCCCCCACCCCUUCACACAAGCCACAUGUGUCUUCAGGGAUUGCUGCCAGGAGGGCUAUGUUUGAAAGUGGAGGCUCAAAUGAAGAUUUACAAAAGAAGGAGAAACGAUCACCAAGUUUGCAAGAUCUUGUUCCAGAUUUGAAGGAAUUAGAUGUGAGUUUGCUUGGCAACAAUGAUCCUACCCCUGUGCAGAGGUCUCGUACAAGAUCUGAUCCAGGAACCAAAAGACCACUGUACUUUAUAAAAUCCCGUAAACGCUUUCCAUCUGACACUAAAGCUAUGAACGGCGAGUACCAUGGCACUGUUGACAAACUGAAGCAAUCUCGAGAUGACUCUGUUUUGAAGAAACCAUCACUUGAUACCAGACGCCUCUAUAAGUCGCACAGUGUUGAUUUUAUCCAGGGAAGUCCAUUGAUAUCAGAUUCAGACAUAGGAAUGACGAUGGAAAGCUUGACGAAACAGCAGCCCUCUUCUACAAUUGAAAGAGAAGAAGAGAAAUCCUUUCCACUCAACAAAAGCAGUGAGGCUAACACAGAAGUCAAAGCUGCUAAUCCUGAGAAAGUAUCUUCCAGUGUUCCUAAGGGAUUAAAAUCCCAGCAAAAGGAGGAACCACAGGAUGAUUUAUUUGAUGACAUCCCAGGGCGAAUCCGGGAAGCAUCUUGGAUAGAUGAAGAAAUUCCAAAAGAGGAAACUGCUCCAGUAGAAAUGUCACCCAUAAGCAUUACGCCUGGGUUCACAUCAGUACCCAAAUCAAAUGUUCUUGAAGUGAAUUCAGAAUCUCACCCAAAGCAUGACAGUGUUUACUUCCUAAAGAAUGAAGAAACCCAAUUGCAUAAUGAAGAAACUGAAAGUUCUGGUGAUGAAAGCACUGGAAGUGUUAUUGAACACAGUGAUGCUGAUGAAGAAGAUCCUGCACACCUUCAAACAGUGUCCCCUGUAUCAUUACUUUUCUCAGCUAAGCCAGCAUUAUCAGCUUUGUCCAAAGACAAGACGAAAAAAGGAAGAAGGAAUGUUGGUUUUAAUAUGGAUAAUCCUGAUCUGUUUCUGACGUACAGUGCUGAGGAAUAUGAUAGAGGCAAUGAUGGUAUUGAUCCAGUUACUGCAUCUGCAGAGUGGGAACUGGAAAAAAGAGUAGAAAAGAUGGACAUAUUCUCUGUGGACCUGAGCAAAGGUAAGAUUGAUUAGACACUGUAACACCCUUAACUUUUAACUUCCAGAAGUGAUUAACAUGGACCUUCUCCCUAUAAUAUCAGUACUUUAUUCAGGAAACUGGUAAUAAGAAUACUCAAAGUCAGCAAGUAGAAGUUGUUAUCUUGAUCUGACUCUAAAUUCCUGUAACCAAUUUACAAGGAAAUGAAUGCAGUCAGAGAGGAGAAUUAACAAUCAGAUCUUGGAAGUUAAAGAGAUAAAUCUUUUCACUCUUGAGAAUUUUCUCUAAACAAUAUCAAAGAGUUUCCAAUCAUAAACGUGAUGAAAAAAACAAAUAACCAACUUAUUCCUCCUCUGUCCCACUUCAAGAGUGGCCUUUACUUGCAAGCCUCCAUCUUUUCUGAACUGGAGCUGUCUUCACUAAGGGUUAUACUGUGAUUGAACAAGAAAUUCUCAGAAAUAACGUAAUAUAAAGAGUAUGGUUUACAGUAAGGAGAAUUAACAUCCAGAGCUUAGGAGUGAAACAGUCUAAGAAGUUCCAUACUGAUCUUAGUUCUUUCCAAUGUAAGACAUUUUUUUUUAUUUUCAAACUGUAGCCCAUGUUUUUAUUGGUCUAAGAAAUUUCCAUUGUUAGGAAAUUCUUCUAGGGCCUCCACGGGAAAAUUCUAAUCAUGAAGAUAACUGUACAAACUCUUUUUAUGGUCAUUGUUUAAUGUUACAAUUAACCCUUUAACUCCCAAGAUCUCAUUAGUAAUUCUCCUUACUGUCUGCCAUACAGUUCUUCUGAUGUUAGUUUGGAGAAUUUGGUAUUGGAUGAAUUUAUAAUCCCUAAACUGAUAUUUUUCUUUAUUCUCAUCACUUGUCUGUUUGAUAUUGUAUUGAUAUUGUUAGGAGAAAUUCUGUAUUGGUCACUCAUGGGAGUUGAAGGGUUGAAAGACCCCUUUCUUUCCCUUCCUGACUGGAGUUCCAGUUGUAUUCUUAGAAUAUUAUACAUAUUUUUUUCUGUUUUCAGAUGAGAGAGGUCUGGGAUUGAGUAUAAUUGGUUUAGGUGUUGGUACUGACACAGGGGUUGAGAAGUUGGGGAUAUUUGUCAAGUCACUUACAGAGGGAGGGGCAGCUGCAAUUGAUGGAAGGUUAGUUUUACUUUCUACAGUCACUAUUUGUGAAAUUUCAUGGGUAACCAGGCAUUAUAGAGGGGAAUGGAAGUGGUUAAUUUGCAACCACUGGAAAAAUUCCAGCAUACUCAAGAACUAGUUUUACAGGCAAACAUGUAGUAAAACUUAUGUUUUGGUGAAUUUUACAUGUUGGUUUUAACAGAGGGAAGAAUUCUGGCGAAGUGAUUAAAAAACCCUCAAAUUGGAGAGGAAUACUAGCUACAAAUUCAAUCCAGAUGUUACAUGAAACCUGAUAAUCAAUUCUGACCACGGCAAGCUCACUAUCUUUCUAUCUUGUUCCCCAACAAUUUUGUAUUUCUACAGUGCUUGUAUCAAAUGAAUAAUUCUUCAAAAUUAUAUCCUGAUAUUGAUUCUCUUUACCCUGCCAAACACUGCUAUCACCUAGUACAAGGUUGGUGUAUCUACAGUCCAAUAACAUAAGCUGUAUGCUCCCCUAUCAGCUCACAUACAGUACCAAGUAUAUACAUGAAGACAGUGAUCAAUGAAACAUCUUUUCUCUGACAGAAUACAAGUGAAUGAUCAGAUAAUAGAGGUUGAUGGAGUUUCUCUUGUGGGAGUAACACAAAUAUUUGCUGCACAGACUCUGAAGAACACAAGUGGACUUGUAAGGUAUGAGGGCUGCGAAAUUUUUCCCAGUAACAAAUGGAAGCUGUUGUCACCGUGAUGAUUAGCAACAAUUUAGGACAAUUGUGGAUUUUCUCUUAGAAGUGUCCCUUGUCAAAGUUUAUUCAUGUAAAACUGAGCCAUGGUUUCCUCUAUCCUUAUUUUGAGCCCCUCCACCCAUAAUUUUUAGUCAUCAUACAAAUUAAGAGUGCUUUUAUCAAGGUAAAAAAAAAAAAAAAAAAAAAAAAAAAAAGGUUGGGGUGAGUUGGGAUGUCAUUUGGAAUUGUUAAUGAUUAAUAAAAAAGUUGCUUUAAGCAUUCUGUCAAAUUUUGUAUGACUUUCCAAUAUUUUCAUUUACUCAGUAAAAAGGUUUUUUUGAGUUGGUAGCCAUAAAGUAGAUACUUAUUCCUGGACCUCUUGAUUUACUUGCAAUGUGCAGAUGUCUGUAAAAUGGAACUACAAUGCCUUAUUUGGAUCAAACAAUAUAAGUUGUAUGAUAUCAACAGUAAUUUCCUGAAUGAUUGCUUUUGUACAGGUUUCUAAUGGGCAGAGACAAAAGCAGAGCUCAUGUGUCACACAGGAUUGACCCAAAUGUUGAACAACAAAUUGAGGCACUCAGACAGAAGCUAGCUGAGGUGGGUAUAACAAUGUACACAUGUAAUGUACCUAUGUUUGUACUGUAAAUCCCUUGUAUAGAGUCUUUUUUCUUAUUAAAAGUUCAGGAGAAGAAGUUUUGUCAGAGCCACAGUUAUUAAUUUUACAAAUUUUAACAAAUUCACAAAGUAGGCAUUUAUAGGGGAUGAAAAGAUUUCAAUAAUUUUAAUCUGAAUAGAUAUAUUAUAUUUUUGAAAUGUCUUUCAUCACUCCUCCUAAAAAAAACCUAGCUGUCAGACCUUAAGGAUGUAAGGCCAAAUAAUGGUGAUUAAGAAUGGCCAAUACUUUGAAUAAUAGCAAAUUUAUUUUGUUGUGUAAUAAUUUUUUUUUUGGCAACAAAAUAUGGGGGAAUGAAGCACUUAAUUGUGGGGGGCUGGGGAAGGAAGCAGAGUUAAUUUGCUCUUUGUCAAUUGGUUUUACAUAUCUGUAGGGUUAUUAAUUCAUGGAAAAGCACCAUAUUAAUGUUUUAUGUUACCUUUAUUGGUUUUGUAAACUUUUUUCAAAAUUUAGUGUCUGUCAUUUUUUCAUAGACUGAAACCAAAGCUGAAGAAGCAGAAAAAAGAGCUUCCCUGGCAGAAAAAAUGGUUCAACUUCAGAAUAAUAUGAAAAAACCUGUGAGUAGGUGUAGUGUACCUUUUCUGGAAUUGAUACCAAGUCUUUCCUGUCUUCCUCUUUUCUUCAUCUGCAGAAUAAUUAUGACAUCACCUUAGUUUCGAAGGGAUAAAGGUGAUGGUUUUUGCAACAAAGUUCAAGAGGUUCUGGGCAAAGAUGUUAAUUUAUGCUAGAAGACUGCCUGUACAGUGUUUCAAAUGUUGCUGAUGUAAUGCAUUAUGAAAUGAUAAUCUUCAAAUAAUUGUGGGGAAGGAUAUCCAUUAUUUUUAUAGGAAUGGAUUUUUUUAGCUAGAAAAGCUUGCCAUUUACUGAUGUAUUAUUAUUUCUCUUAUGAGUCACUGUACAAAAAGUAUGAAGUUCACUGAUUACAAUCCUUGCAUUGAUCCUGUAGGGAAAGUAUAUUUAUUUAAUUAUUUUUAUAGGAAUUGAUUUUUUCAGCCAGAAAAGCUUGUCAUUUUCUGAUUAUUAUCAUAGCGGAGCUCACAGAGCAUAGCCCCAUAAUUAUACAAAAUAGUAGCAACCCAUCAAGCCAAAAAAAUUUGGAUGUACAACUGUAUGACCAUAUGGCAGCCAACUGUACCACGGGCACUAUCUUAUAAUCAGUCCUCUACACAGACACAGAGAAGUUGCAAAUGAAAAUCCAUUAAUAUUACCAUGCACUUUAUCCAUAGUAGGGGCUUUAGUUUUGUUGAAGAGAUGUGCGGGAAAAAAAAAUGCGAGCUCUGCUUUUAGGCUGGCCUAAAUCUAUAUAUUAUCUUUUAUGAGUCACUGUUCAAAAAGUAUGAAGAUCAGUGAAUACCUUCUAUGUAUUGAUCCUGUAGGAAGUAACUGGAGAACAAGCCGAUGAUGAAACCAAGAAAACACAGAAAGCUUUAGAAGAGAUGAAAGAGAAAGUCAACUCAUUGGAAUCAGAUUUAGCUGUGUCUGAAGCAGAGAAUGAAGACAUGGUCAGGCAGUUGGAAGAAAGCAAAGGACUGUAUCUAAUAUUAGAGAAGAAAUACCACAUUGCAAAAAAUAAAGUGAAGGAACUUGAAGACAGGUAAAGUUUCAUGGUAACGUAGAUAUAGUGCUUCUAGCCAUGUGAAUUUCUUGUAUGUUGUGGUUCAUUGAUUCACUUGUUAUUUUAUUUAAUGCUCAACUUCAAUGGGAAAUGAUGUUUCCCAAUGGCUCACAUACAGUACUUCGGACUGGGAGGUGGGCUUAGUUCAAGUCCUGAGGGCAUCGUUGUGUUCUUUACCAAAUAUUUCUCCAUGGGCACAAUGGUAGAGAUGAUUAUUCCUUUAUGUGUAUGCAAAUGACCUUUGUUAACCUUGCUUUGAAAGUUCUAUUCUUUUGAGCCAUGUUACUGAGGCCAGGAAGGCUUAGUUACAUUUACACAUGGAAUUACAAUUACACCUUGUAAGCUUGCCAUUUAUGAGAGAGUUGCAGGCCAGAGAAUGUGAUAAAUGUACUGUGCAAUUAUGUUAUCUGUUGUUCUGGCAGAGAGCAAAUGUUGUUUCCCAAUAGCUCACAUACAGUACUUCAGAUUGGGAGGUGGGCUUAGUUCAAGUCCUGAGGGCAUUGUUGUGUUCUUUAGCAAAUAUUUCCCCAAGGGCACAAUAGUAGAGAUGAUUAUUCCUUUAUGUGUAUGCAAAUGACCUUUGUUAACCUUGCUUUGAAAGUUCUGUUCUUUUGAGCCAUGUUACUGAAGCCAGGAAGGCUUGGUUACAUUUACACGAGAAUUACAAUUACACCCUUUAGGCUUGCCAUUUAUGAGAGAGUUGCAGGCCAGAGAAUGUGAUAAAUGUACUGUGCAAUUAUGUUAUCUGUUGUUCUGGCAGAGAGCAAGCAAAUUCUGUGACUGCUGAGAGAUCUGCGAUUGAAAUAAAGUUACUACAAGAUAAGGUGGGUACUUGUGACUUGGUUGAUGUUAAGUUAGUCCUUUAACUCCCAAGAUCUGAUUGUCAAUUCCCCCCUCUAGCUACUAAACAUUUCCUUGUAAAUUGAUUAUGAGAAUUUGGUGUUCAAUCAAGGCAGUAAAUUGUACCUGAUGAGUUUGAGUAUUCUCACUACCUCUUUGCUAUAUAAUGUAUGGAUAUUAUUGGGAGAAGUUACUGUACAUGGUAAUUACUUCUGGGAGUUUAAAGGUUAAUAACAGUUUGUCAUUGAAAUAACAGUUUAUGUAAAAUGUGUUUCAUUUUGCAUAACUGAAGUUAUGCUGUUUGCAUAAAUUUGAGGAGUUCAAGCUGCUCUUGUGUUUUGUGUGAAUUUAGACAAUUUGUGAUGUACAUGCAGUAGCAAAGUGCUACACUUACAGUAGGCUCUUCCAUCAAAGGCAACCUUAUUUGCAACUAAAACCUCACUGAUAGCUAACAAAGAAAUUUUUGUUGGCAAGAUGGGUGUAAUAACAUUUUCACUCCCAAGAUCUCAUUAGUGAUUCUCUGUACCGUCUGUUAUACAAUUCUAAGGGUUUUAGUUGGGAGAAUUUGGUAUUGGAUCAACUAAGAAUCCCUUAAUUGAUAUUUCUCUGACUGUAUUCUUAUCACCUGUUUGCUUAAUAUUGUAUUAAUAUUGUAAGGAGAAAUUCUGUCUUGGUCAUUCAUGGGAGUUGAAUGAUAAACUCCUAGCAGAAGGUUAAACAAUGUGCAUUCCUGAUGCUCAGUUGUUUUUACUUGAAUCAUCUGCUCAUUUUUCUAUUUCAUUUUCACCCAGGUGAAUUUUGAGUUGUAUUUAAGGUUUCAGUCAAUGAAUCAUCUGUCAUUUUUCACAGGUCAAAGAACUGGAGACCCAGUUGAAAAUGGUUCAACAACAAAAGUCAGAAAAGGAAAGAGAAGUGAAAAAAGAGGAAGCAAUAUCAACUCCAGUGCAAAUUGAAGAACAGAAUUCUAUGCCUGAUGGCAAAUGGAGAGAGGAGGUUCAGGAGGAAAUUGUAGAAAAUGGACUGGCUUUUGAAGUAGAGCAGGCUUUGUCAAACUUCCAACUUAGUUGGGAUUCAGCUGGAAAAAAAGAUGUCAUAGGUAACAUGUGAGAUCUGAUUAACAAAUGGAUUCUGGUGAGGCAUCAUUCCAUGAACACCUACCAGCAUUCCAUGUAUAGGAGGAGAAAGUUAUAGUUUUACAGCCCUACACUGUACAAUCACUUACUUAUAUUAAUCUUGAGUGUAUGUAUACUUACCUGCUAAUCAAAAAGAUAUGCAGGACAUUAAGAAACACCCAGGACACAAGGAAGAGCUCAACUUCAAUUAUAAUGAUGAUACAAUGUAUGUGGUACCUUGAACUCUAAAAUGUCACAAUUCAUAUGGGUAAUAAACUCUUUUUUCUGUCAAUUAGAGCCCGAUUUGGAGAGCUUAUCAAAAGAUGAUUUGGAUCUAAACAGCAUCCCAGCCACAAAAACACUUAGUAAUGAACAUCUUUUGGAGAAAAAAAGACUCGCUGAAGCGCAGCAGAAGAAAUAUAAACCAACUCGUGCAAGCUGGGGAAAGUCGCUGGAUGAUGAUUCUUAUGACGUAAGACAUUAUAUCUUUGAUUCAAGCGCGUAUGUAAUUUUCCUUCAGCACGCGUGGAACUUUCUGUUUAAAGGCGCGUGUAAUUGUCGCGCGUUACAUGUGCUAGACGCGCCUGAAGAUGCUAAAGUACGGUGAUGUGACUGGCUAAGGUUCUAAGUGGUUCUAGAACACUCAAUCAUACAAAAGUAUUUUGCAUGAUUUUAACUCUUUAACUCCCACUUGAUCUGAUUGUCAAUUCUCCCCUCCAGCUACUUCACAUUUCCAUGUAAAUUGAAUUUCUAACAUGACUUUCUAUUUAGAUGUUUGGAGGUAAUGAAGUGUCUGACGUGGAGGACGCUGCUUCUCAGAGUACCUCCAUGGAAAACGAGUCCCCUAGGGCUCCCCCUAAGGGACCAGGAUUCGUCCUUCCAGGUUUGCCUGUCGGAGGAUUCAAACUGAGAUCCACAGGGAAAAACUUGUACGAUGAAUCAGCUGCUAAGGGAAGUGAGUCACCUCCUCAAGAGACACGAGCCAGCUUCCCUUUGUCGCACAAGGAGGAGACCCGGAACAUCGUGGUGGAGAAUCUCCUGGAGAAGCAGCUGUCUAAGGCUGAUGUGAAGGUGACAUCUUUGCCGACUACUGCGCUUGACCGAGCGGACAGAGAGGCGCGUCGUGCGGUGGAUGAUCAGGAGUCGGAGUGUUUUUCAGGGUCCACUAAUUCUUUGGAUGAGAUUGAAGAAGCCGCGAGAAGGGUGAGAGAGGGUUGAGUUUUCUUUUUGUCUUUUCGGCUCUAAACCAUAACGCUUAUCCGGUGAGUUUACUCAGUUGCAAGGGCAAAUGAAGCUAAAAGAGUCAUUUGCGGAGACGUGAACAUUCUGAAGAAAAUCACAUAAUAAUUGUUUGGCAAGACGGAAUGUUCCAAAAAGAUUAUGGUAAAUGUACAGUGCGGCUGGCGUGUACCAUAGCAUUACACGCGCUUGACGCGCGCGGAAGGUGCUACCGUACACGCGAGUGGUGUACAGAAGCAAGGAUGGUUAAGAAUGGAGGAGAUUGGAACGGAUUGAAAAUGACCAACUUGAAAACUUGGUCUUUUUUAUUGAAGUUUCCCAUUUGUGUUCAAUCAGGAAGCUCAAAUGGUGUUCCAUGUUUUUUUCCAAUUCCUUUGCGACUUAACGUUUUCAAUUGUAAUUUUUUUUAGAUUGACUCCGACUUGGCCUCUUCCCAGGCCUCCUCUCGAGGUUCGUCUCCAUUCCUCCCUCCUGCCAUGCCCUUGUUACAAGUGAAGAGUGUUCCCGUGAUGGAAAGCUAUAAUGAAGCCGCCAUUGAUGUUCCCCCGGAACUGCUUGCAGCCAGCGGUCAGCGAGACUUCGAUCAACGAUCUGUAGGCACAGGGUCAAAUGUUGACGGGCAGUCUUCUCUUAGUCCUGGGUCAGACUUAAAUUCAUCGGGAAAUUCACAGCUGAUUUCAGACUGGGACACAGAUCAGGUGAGUUGCAAGGGGAUACACGUAAACAAUACAGCAGAGAUACAUUUAAAAAGAAGUUUUGCAUACAGAAAGUUAAGCAGACCCAAAGUGUGGGAGUUGCGUGACUGACUGGUGGUAGACAGAUAGACCGACUGACAAACGUACAGACGGAUGGACGGACAGACAGAACGACAGACAAACAGACAGAUAGACGGACAGACAGGCAGUCAGACAGAUGAACAGAUGGACGGACGGACAGACUGACUGAUAGACAGACCGACAGAGACGGACAGACAGAUAGACAGACAGACGGAAGGACGGACUGGCAGAGAGAUAAACUGACAAACACAGGCAUUAUCUGACUGUAAAAUAGGGAGUAUCAGACCCCCUGAUAACUGGCUAGGAGGUAGAUACAGACGAGAAGACAGAUAGACAGAAGAAUGAACGGACUGAUAAGAAUCUAGUGCCAGUUUUUCUUGCAGUCGUUGGAUUAAACUCAUACAAAGGAAGUGAGCAAACAAGCUAUCAUUUGAUUAUGUAAUUUUCUUUUUGAGUUCACGUACCAAUAUGUUACCGUAAUCUAAACGGACUCAUGAUUUUUUCUCUAAAUUGUCGUUUAGGUGUAUGCGUGGUUAAUCCAAAAUGAGUUGGACGAGUAUGCCGAUGAGUUCACUGCUAAAAAGAUUGAUGGAAAACAACUAUUAAAUUUAGAUGGAUCCAGACUCAAGGUAGGGUUCUGUGCCUUGUUUCAGAAUUUUAAUCUUUAUCCCACCUCUCACGGCGCCUUGAAUGGCUGACUUCUAGAUUUUAUGUCAGUUUGCCGCAGAAUAAUGAAACAGUUUGUAGAACUGAAGAGAUAAGUUGCUCAAUUUUCAAGCGCGAAAAGGAGAGAAAUUCUCUGCAGGGAGACUGCAGGAAGACAUGAUGUAUCUGGUUCUGGUUUUUCUUCCCUCCCACUCCCCCACCGCCAUUUUCCUCCCAGAGGGGCAUUUUGUUGCUCCCCAACCUUUCUUCUCAGUUUUUCUUCUGUAACCGCCAUUUUCAGCAAGACAAUGGAACAGUCUUUAUUUUAUCGCCUGUGGGGGAAUAAGAGGGGUCAGAUUAAACUAAUGUGAAGAGGUUUGUUGAUCUCUUUAUGAAAAUUGAUGCUCUACAUCUAUCGGAGAAUUUUUAGCUCUGCCUGGAAGCUCAAACACUGUUAUGGAACAGGACAAUAUUUCACCUGAUCACUCCUCAUAUUCUUUUCCCAUGAAAUUGGGAUCACAUGGGUUCUUGGGGAACGGAGUGGGAAUUGGGGAUCAGUUGUUGCCAACUACCAGUGAGGGGAGAUGAUAAGAAUAUCUCUGAACCUUACGGGGGAUCGGGUAAAUUUUUUCGAGACACAAACAUCAUCCGACCCCCUCCCCCCCCCUUCCAGGCGAUUUUAUGAAUAAUGACCAGUCCCUAAGUAACGGUUUUUUUUAACUCUCGUCACUAACCUGCAUAGCUUUGAACGGGAAAUUUUAAGAGAAGGUGGACAUUGAUCACAGUUCGCUUUUUUUCAGGCAAUGGGAGUGAGUCAGAACCACAGAGCUGUCAUCAAAAAGAGGAUCAAAGAGCUUAAGGCUGAGAUGGAACGAGAACAGAAAGCGAGAAAACAGAGAGAAAAAGAACAGAGAACUGGCAAAAAGGAAGGAAAGUUGGAAAAAAUGGGAUUCAUGAAAAAGAAAGGAGUUUAUAAUAUCAACUAAUUUCUGCAACGCGGCGUGAGAUGCUGUUUGGCAGGUUUUUCGACUUUUAAAAGGCAAACACUCCUGAAGAAGUAGAGACCGCUAGCCUAACAACCGUCGUUUGCUCGUAAAAACUUCGGAAAUAUUCGGCAUUGUCGGGCUUUGUGCGCAAUUGGAACGCGCUUGUGGUACUUCACGUUCGUCGUUUACAGUGUAUUAUAGGUAAUUUUGUAAAAAAAAAGAACAAAAGUAUAAAAGAGAUAAAAACGAUUAAAAAGAAUACAGCAAUGAACUAUUAACAUGAAUUACAACUUGAAUUAGCAAAUCGUCCUUUGAAAAUUGUGCAAAUCUGGAAAGUUAAUUUAAUUCAACGUUUCAAAACGAAUUGAAAUUCAAUUGUAAAAGAGUUUUUUUUACAAUGAGUUAUCCACCGUGCCACGCCCUAAAAAAUAUUCAAUUUUUGUGCCAGUUGAUCACAGACGUUCUAAUCUCUACCAGAUAAAAUAUUGUAUCAGUGUCAGUAUCUUAGCUGCUACACACCUACCCCUCCCUUAAUCCAGUGUUAACCUUAACUUGUUAUCAGUUGACUGUGGUUAGUUUAGGGGAGGGGUAGGUGCGUAUUUGUACAGAAACUGACAUUGAUCCAAAAUAUUUGUAGUACCUCUGUUACUUUCAAGAACAAGUGAAAUUCGUUGAUUUAAGAGAU